AUCAUCGAAUUGUAGGCAAUUAGGCGAAGCAAGGUCCAAUGUAGUGUUGCGUAGGUGACAGUGACUGGCAAUGUUGGUUGUUGGGUUGGGAUCCCAACAACGUUAUACUGAAGAGAAGAGUGAGGAACAGACAUCACAUGACAGAGGAAUUAUGGGAGCAAGGAGAAGAAGGUCGAUCUUGGCCACUCUCGCUUUUCUAAUGUUAAUGGGCAUCGCCCUCUAUUUCAGACUCUGGGCUAUUCACUACAACCUUUCUUCCGACGACACCCAACUCUUAAGGCUACAGUUUGAUAUUGCCAACAGAGAGGCAAUGGAUGAGUCUGCAGAGUGGAGGCUGAGGUAUGAUGAGGAGGUAGAUAGGACAAAUAAGUGUUUACAGCAGCUUCAACUGUUUCGGGAGUCCUCUCAGAAGGGGGAAGAUGCUUCUGGUAUUAACCAUGAAUUGACAAUACUGCAAAAGGAGAAUGCAGUCUUACUUGAAAGGUUGGAAACACUGAAAAGAGAGCUUGAAGAGGAAAGGUUGAAGUGCAGUUCACGAUACAUGAACUAAUCAUGAAAGCAUUGACGUGAAUUCUAUUUUUGUCUUUUUGUCCAUAAGUUGUUUAUUCUUGAGGACAACUGUUUUAAAGAUAUUUGCACCAUACAACAACUAGUAUUCAACCAUGGAAGAAUCUUGGCAUUAUGAUCUAUGGUCUCAACUUUUCACCGUAGAGAUACAGGCCAUCCUGGGAAUAUGAAAACACAUAGUCACACUAAGCAUUUCUCCUUUUCCCCCUUUGGACGGGGGUUAAA